AUGGCGGCGCUGGAAGUUCUCUUCGGAAUCUGCGCGGAGAAGCUCGCCGCUCUGAUCCACGACAAAGCGGCGGCGAUUCUCGGGGUGAAGGAAGAGCUGGGGAAGCUGCAGAGGAGGAUGGACCGGAUCGACUGCGCACUGAUCCACGACAAAGCGGCGACGAUUCUCGGGGUGAGGGAAGAGCUGGGGAAGCUGCAGAGGAGGAUGGAGUGGAUCGACUGCACACUGAAGGACGCGGGAUGGCGAAGGACCAAUAAAGAUGCCGCCACCACCACCACCAACUGCUGGUUGACCGAGCUGAAAAGCAUCCUGCAUGAAGCGAACGACGUGUUUGACGACUGCAGGUCCGAGGGCGGCAAGCUGCUCGACAACAAGCUGCCGUCCGCAUCGUCAGGUCUGUCGAUUCUCCGCCGCAUCCCUUUGAUCUCUAACUUCAGCUCAGUUCUAGUUCGUAACAAGAUAGCGGAGAGAAUCAGAAAGCUCAACGAUAGAAUUGACGAGGUUGGAAAGGACGGGUGGAUCUUAAAUCUUGAGCUGGCAAAGCCGGAGGGACGAGCGGCGCCGGACACGUCGGCCGCGCGCGAGACUUGUGAAAUCAUGGAAGCCGAUGUUGUCGGGAGAGAAAUCGAAGAUGCUACCGACAGACUGGCGGAGGUGAUAAUCACGAAUGAUCGACGGAAUUUUCAAGUGACUGCUGUAACAGGUAUGGGGGGGAUCGGCAAGACCACGCUCGCUCAGAAGGUGUACAACAACCCGAGAAUUGGAGACAACUUCCAGGUAAGAAUUUGGAUUUGCGUCACCCAAAAAUAUUCAGAUGUCAGACUGCUACAGGAGAUCACUCGGAAAGCAGGAGGCGGCCACGGAAGUGCCGAACGGGUUUCGGAACUGCUCCCUAUUCUCUGCCGGACUCUUGGAGGGAGGAGCAUCUUUCUCGUGCUGGAUGAUGUAUGGCAAUCGGACGUAUGGACUGAUUUACUCCGAAAUCCGCUGCAAAAUGGAUCAGCAGCUAGCGGAUGUGUUCUGGUGACCACGAGAGACCAGAAUGUUGCGAUGAGAAUGGGCGCGAAACACGUUCACCGGGUGGAGAAAAUGUCUGUUGAUUCAGGCUGGGAGUUGCUUUGCAAGAAAACCUAUCUAGAAGAAGAAGGAGAAGAUGCGCAAAGUUUGAGAAGUGUGGGGGUUCGAAUUGUUAACAAAUGCGGUGGCCUUCCGCUUGCAAUCAGAGUGAUUGCUGGUCUCUUAACCACCAAGGAGAAGAGCAGAAAAGAGUGGGAGAAAGUUCUCAGAAGCAAUGCUUGGUCUAUGAGUGAGCUCCCUGAGGAAUUCAGGGGUGCUCUCUACUUGAGUUACGAUGAUUUGCCGCCUCAUCUGAAACAAUGCUUUCUUUCGUUAUGCCUUUACCCUGAGGAUGAUGUACACUCCAUUAGGGAUCUUCGCAGAAUGUGGGUGGCAGAAGGGUUCGUCGAUCAAGUAGAAGGUUUAUUAAUGGAAGAGUUAGCCGAGCAAUACUACUUCGAGCUAAUACGAAGGAGUCUACUACAACCUGAUCCUCGUUAUGUGGUUCAGGCCAGGUGCACGAUACACGAUCUCUUGCGAUCUCUUGGUCAAUAUUUGUCACAAGGUGAAAGUUACUAUGGAGAUCCACAGUGCUUGGAUGCUACUGCAAUCUCAAAGCUUCGCCGCUUGUCAAUUGCUGAGAGCGGAGAGAUUGUUACAAUCCCUGGUCCAGAAACUGAGCGACUACGAUUGAGAACAUUACUACUAACUGCAAGUCCACCUAGAAUUGAGCACAAUCUUUUCUCUAGAGUUCCAUACCUCCAUAUUUUGAUUCUUAAUGGACAAGGGAUAGAAUGCAUUCCUGAUAGUGUGGGAAGUCUAAUACACCUCCGAUUGUUAGAUCUUGAUCGGACUAGCAUAUCCAAUCUGCCAGACUCUAUUGGCUUCCUAACAAAUUUACAGACUUUAAACUUACAACAUUGCAAUUUUCUGAACACACUUCCAAGGAGCAUCAUUCACUUAUGCAGUCUUAGACGGCUUGGCCUUCUUGGUACCCCUUUAAGGCGUGUCCCCGAAGGAAUAGGGAGACUGCAACUGCUCAAUGACCUCGAAGGAUUCAUUAUUAACGCGGGCGAUAGUUGCAAUACCGAACGAAAUAGUUGGGACUUGGAAGAAUUAAAAUCACUUCGGCAGCUAAGGUGGCUCCAAUUAUCUAUUUUGGGGGGGGAACGUAACGCAAAUUCCGUGCAGUCCACGGAUGACCUAAUAGAUCAACCGCUGACGGUAACUCAUCCAAGGACUAGGGCUUCGGUACUUGAAGAUAAAGCCUUCCUAAAAGAACUAACUAUAUCCUGCAGACCACAGUCAGAGAGGGGAGAAGUGCCGCCAUACACAGAGGAGGAGAUCAGUAAGAUUGAAGAUAUUUUUGAGAAAUUGCACCCCCCACCUUGUUUAGAAGUAUUAGGGAUCCAAAACUUUUAUGGUCGGCAAAUUUCGAGUUGUAUGUUGCCGCCAUCUUUGGGUACUUAUUUUCCUUAUCUAACAGGUGUGAAUUUCAUAGGUUUGCCACUAUGCUCACAACUUCCACCUCUAGGCCAGUUGCCGCAUUUGAGGUACCUCCGAAUCAAAAAUGCUUUGGCAAUUGUAACCAUUGGUCCAGAAUUGCUUGGUAAUGGGGUUGGUGAUGGGGUGCACGCAGCAACGGCCUUUCCAAAUCUUGAAUUCUUUAUCAUGAUAGGCAUGCCUAAUUGGGAAGAAUGGACCUUGGUUGGCAGUGAAACAAGACAUUCAUCAUCUUGUUCAUUGCGAGUUAUGCCUCGUCUAGAGGAGUUGCAUGUAAUAGACUGCCCAAAACUUAGAGCACUUCCAAAAAGUUUGCAGCAACUUAGAGCACUCCGGAUUUUGCGGACUACAAUGGCUCAUAGCCUAAGUGUAAUUCAGGACUUCCUGUUCAUAAGUGAGCUUAGGAUUGAAAUGAAUAAUGGCAUAGAAAGGGUCUCAAAUCUUCCUUCACUAAAGAAGCUCAUCAUUUGGGACACUCCGGCUCUGAAGUGCGUCGAUAAUUUGGUUGCACUACAACACCUAGAGUUGCAAGAUUAUUCUAUGGAGUCCCUCCCAGAAUGGUUGUUGAGAUUGGUCCAGCAGCGAUUGCAUCUUCGCGACAAAAACCUCCAACUUGUGAUGCGCUGCAGUACCGCCGUAAUUCAGAGAUGCCUCAAGGGAGGGCCAGACUGGCCCAUCAUUGAGUGCUUUUCUUGUGUCAGCGCCUACACCGAAGAUAGAUCGGCGUAUCUUGAAUAUACCAAGCAAAGUGGGUGUUAUCGAACUAAUCAAUGAAGGUAACAUCGGUGAAAACUUUCCUACUUCUCUUCUCAUUUUCCUUUUUUUUUUUUUUUCUUUUUUCUUCUCGAUUAGUUGUCUUGUACUUCAAACUUUAUGUUUGGCAUCAUCUCAGAUCUCAAACUUAACUGCUCUCUCUAUGCUAGUUCAUGAUAUUCCCUAGUUUUCUCUG